UGCUUGAGAUCUAAUACGAUGACUAGAAAGUAUGGGUUCCCUGUGGUAUUUGUGUUUCUCUGCUUCCAAGCAUCAAUCUCUCAAGGAGAACAGGCAAUGUACAAAGAUCCAAUGCAGCCAAUCGAGGCCAGGAUUACAGACCUUUUGGGUAAAAUGACCCUUGAAGAAAAGGUGGGACAAAUGACACAGAUCGAACGUGAAAACGCCACCGCGAACGUCAUGACCAGCUACUUCAUCGGCAGCGUCUUGAGCGGUGGAGGAAGCGUGCCCAAGGUAAACGCUACUGCAAAAGAAUGGGUGGACAUGGUGAAUCGUAUACAACAGGGUGCUCUUUCAACUCGUCUCGGGAUUCCGAUGAUCUACGGAAUCGAUGCCGUUCAUGGCCAUAAUAAUGUUGUCAAUGCCACCAUUUUCCCCCAUAAUGUUGGCCUCGGAGUAACUAGGGAUCCACAACUUGUCAAGGCGAUCGGGGCUGCGACUGCAUUCGAAGUUCGAGCAACCGGCAUUCCUUAUGCUUUUGCACCCUGCAUCGCAGUUUGUAGAGAUCCUAGAUGGGGCCGAUGUUACGAGAGCUAUAGCGAGGACCAUAAAAUUGUGCAACAGCUAACAACCCUCAUCGAUGGGCUACAAGGACAAGCCGCAACUGACAUGUCGGGCAUGCCGUAUGUCAAUGGAAAAACAAAGGUGGCAGGCUGUUCCAAACACUACGUCGGAGAUGGUGGCACCGCCAACGGCAUUAACGAGAACAACACUAUUGUGGACGACUCCUCCUUGUACGGCAUACACAUGCCUGCUUACGUUGAUUCGAUGGCUAAGGGUAUUGCCACCGUCAUGGCUUCUUACUCGAGUGUUAACGGAGUUAAGAUGCAUGCUAAUGAACAUUUGCUUACCGACCACCUUAAGGACAAACUUGGGUUCCAGGGUUUCGUCAUCUCCGAUUGGGAAGGAAUCGACAGGAUCACCUCUCCCCCUCAUUCCAACUACACUUACUCGAUUCAAGCUUCAAUAACGGCCGGUGUUGACAUGGUUAUGGUUCCCUACCAAUACAUAGAAUUCAUCAAUGGCUUGGUUGAUUUGGUGAAGAAGAAUGUCAUUCCCAUGAGCCGGAUUGAUGAUGCCGUGACAAGAAUAUUGCGUGUCAAGUUCGCUAUGGGCCUCUUUGAUAAUCCCGUGGGUGAUUAUAGUCUAGUUAACGAGGUUGGUUCCCAGAAGCAUAGAGAGUUGGCAAGGGAAGCUGUGAGGAAAUCGCUUGUGUUAUUGAAGAACGGGAAGCCAGGGAAUCCACCCCUUUUGCCUCUCCCGAAGAAUGCCGGUAAGAUUCUUGUUACGGGAACCCAUGCCGAUAACUUGGGGUAUCAGUGCGGUGGUUGGACCAUCGAGUGGCAAGGCGUCAGUGGGAACAACUGGACGGCAGGCACCACCAUCCUUGACGCCGUGAAAAAAACCGUCGACAAAAAAACCAAAGUGGUCUACAAGAUGAACCCUUCCGAAGACUACCCUAAGAAGACAAAACUCGACUUUGCAAUCGUGGUGGUCGGUGAGGUUCCUUACGCUGAGACGAGAGGUGACAGCACAAACUUGACCAUUCCGGAUCCUGGUCCACAAAUCAUAGAGAACGCUUGUAAGACCACCAAAUGCGUUGUGGUGCUCAUUUCAGGGCGUCCCGUUGUGAUCCAGCAUUAUCUGGACAAAAUAGACGCCCUGGUGGCUGCUUGGCUCCCCGGGAGUGAAGGACAAGGCGUGGCCGAUGUUCUUUUUGGUGACUUUGGAUUCACCGGCAAGCUGGCUCGUACGUGGUUUAAGAGCGUAGAUCAGCUCCCGAUGAAUGUUGGGGAUCCCAAAUAUGAUCCACUUUUUCCAUUUGGUUUUGGACUUGAGACACAGCCCAAAUCAGCCCCACAAGGCAUCAAACGUGAGUUAUAGACUUUCGUUU